UGGAACCAAAAGGCCUCUCUCCACCCCAGAAGAAGAGCAAAGCAAAGAAGCCAGAAUGUUCUAAAGACUCUAGUGAAGAUGAGAACGGUCCAGAGGAAAAGCAGAGUGUGGAAGAAAUGGAAGGGCAGAGCCAAGAAGCAGAGUCUGCAAAGGAUGACAAUGAAAGUACAAAAGACAAUGAAGUAACAGAUUGUUCUGUGUGUGACCAAGAUCAUCCCAAUGGACAAGACAAUGACUCAACAGAGAAUGAAAUAAAAAUUGAGACAGAGUCCCAGAGCUCAUAUAUGGAAACAGAAGAACUUUCACCAAACCAAGAAGAUGCCGUGGUUGUAGAACAACCAGAAGUGAUUCCACUAACAGAUGACCAAGAAGAAAAAGAAGGUGAAACAGCUCCAGAUGAGGACACACCUAGAGUGUCUGGGAAAAGCGAAGACUCCAGUGACAUAGAAAUUACUACAGGUCCUGAUGUUGAAAUGAAUACUCAGGUGGACAGUGUAAAUGACCCAACAGAGAGUCAACAAGAUCAAUUCAUAGGGGUACAAGAUGAAGUGGAGGAACAAAGAAAUGGAACUAAAUGACAGUCCUCGGCAUUGCAAGGCCUCUCCAGGCCCUGGGGGAGCUCUGGAAGUUAGCAACUCGAGCUGUGGAGGAGGGUGGGGGUGGGGGAGGCAAGUCCCAUUAAAAGACGGGGAAUCCUUUUCUCUUAUUUCUCCUGCUGCAUUUUGUUCUGUUUACCUGCAGAAAAAGAAAGAAAAAAAAAAAAGAAAAAAGUUUCCUUUAGUUUGAUGGAAGGACCCAUGUUAACACACAUCAUUCAGGCACUGUCCUUGUAAUUUCUGUCUUUUUCUCACAACUUAGCCCCGGGGUCACAGUGGAUCUUUGAACACUCGCACAUGUAUCCUGGCCCCUGUCUGCUUUCUUGGUUAUUUCACAAAGCUGGUUGGUUGUACAGUGGUUACUUCAAGGAAAGAGAAGGAAGAUGUUUAUUUGAUAAGCUACAAGCUAAAUUUUAGGAAUCACCAAACCCAAUUCCCAGACAAAGGAGGCAGAAUUGAAAAUGGGCAAAAGCCUUCAAAGCCACUUGGAAAAGAUCUGGACAAUGAGUAGGAAAUAUUUUAUUCAGGGAUCCCCAAGGUACACUUUGUUCCAUGUGGCUAAUGAGGAAUGUGGAAGCUGGAUUUAAUCUAGAGCAGAGUGCAGAGGCAUAGCAAGGCCAUGGGGUCUCUUCCUUCCUGGCCCAGGAUGGCAGGUGCGUCCUUCUGGGACAUGGACUUUCAGCAGAGCUUCCUUGGUUUAUGAUGUCUAUACCAUGUGCUUCAGUGUGGAGCCCACCAGUGAGGGUAACUCUUUGCUGCCUUAUUGUAAGGGUUGGCCCUUUGCUAGGCAUUGGAGUUAAGAGCUAAGGGAAGGGACCACUACAUGUGGGACCCAAUAUCAAAAAUUCCACUUGAAAUCUAUUUGUUUUUAGUAAAAGAACAUUCUGUCUUUACCCAAAAUUUGAUGGCCUACACAGCAGAGUCUCAUUUGAAGUUAGGGGCAAUUAAAGCUUUUGCUUGUAAUUCUGGCUUUCUAGUCAAUGUUUAAAGAGUGAUUCAUUCAUGCAAAGUCCAAAGGUGACUUGAUGGCUGGUCCUCUCAUACAGAAAACCAUUGAGUACAGCCAUGAAGGAAAGCAGCAGUACUAACAACCCAAGAUACCAGUGACACAGUGGGCACAAGGGAAACUGGCCCAGAAGAGAUCAGGUGUCAUCACAAAUGUCUAUCCCAGAGUCAACAUAAGGUGAAAUAGCUGCUUCCCACCGCCUCUCUAUGUUCCAUUGUUUGUGAUGGCCAUUCCAUUGUUUUUGGUGGAAACGUAUCAUUUAUUACAUAUCUUCCUCAUAAGGGCCUUAAAUUACAAGUUACUUAUAUUGUUUUUCUUAAUAGAGGAAGAAAAAUAGUAGAUCCAGUUGAGUAGUAUUUCUAAAAUCAAAGGAUGUUCUGCUUUCUAAAUAUCCCACCAUACUCUUCAGUUUUGUCUUCUUUGAAAA